AUGACCAUCUCCCUCCCUUUCACAACUCUCGAUGUCUUUACCACGACUCGCUAUGAGGGAAAUCCUCUAGCGGUCGUGCAUAUUCCGACGGAUCCGAAGAAGCAACCGUCUAGUGAUCAGCUGGAUCAGAUCGCAAAAGAAUUCAACUUGUCCGAGACCAUAUUCGUAUAUCUCCGCGAUGAGUCCACGGACAAUGGCGCCGAUGAGUUGCCGGAGUGGAAGGUGAGGAUCUACACGAUCGAGGGAGAGAUUCCUUUUGCUGGACAUCCGACCAUCGGAGCAGCCGUUCACUGCCUUACAACCCUUCAUCCAUCAGCCUCGACCUCAGGCAAGCCGCUCAAAGGCCGGCUCCUCGCUCCCGCUGGUCCCAUCGAUAUAUCCUUCGACCCAGCCUCAGGAGCUGCUUCCGCCAACAUCCCUCACAACGUGCACAUUCACACCGAGAAGCCUCCCUCGCUCAAUGACAUCCACCAGCUCCAGCCGUCGCUGAAAGAUCACUUCAACCCAUCCACUCCUAGCGACGCCAUUAACCUCGUCUCCACAGUCAAAGGCAUGACCUUCUUCCAAGUCGAAGUCCCCGACGUGGAGACGCUUGGCCAAGUCAGCACGUUGGCCGUCCGACCCGAUGCUGUCGCACGAAUGGACGCAGCUUGGAAUGUCGGCCUUGUGGGCUCAUACUUCUACACCAUCACGUCCCCAUUUAAAGCCGCCGAAGAUGUCGAGCAGAUCCAAGUCCAGUCCCGCAUGCUAUUGAACAGCUUCGAAGAUCCGGCGACUGGCUCGGCGGCUUGCGGGCUGGCGGCAAGGUUGGCUUUGACGAGGGGUGGAAAUCGGGUGGUCGAUGUGGAGCUUGUGCAGGGCGUGGAGAUGGGGAGGAAGAGUGUAAUCGGGGUGAGGGUGGAGUUGAAUCAGGAAAAGAAUGCGGUGGAGAGGAUGGAGCUGAGAGGGAGUGCCGUCAGGGUUAUGGAGGGUACUGUUGAGGUGUAG